GCCUGCAUUUCAACUCUGCCAAGGCCGGUCCCAAGCCCGGCUGAAAAAGGAGGAGGGUUAAGGUUAAGAAGUAAUCUUAUCUUGUAAAACAUGCUUUGCUGGAUUGCUUAAAUACCAAAAGAUACAAUGUAGGCCAAUUUAAAUUCUCCAACAGACACUGAACUUUUGGAAAAGGUAAAUUGUGCUUCUUUUUAAUAUAUUUUUUUUAAUAAAUUAAUAUUUUUGCAACUUACAAAUGUAUUUUACAGACGCAAAUUAAUUAUACCUGAACAAAAUAUAUUCAACUCAAUAAAAUUUCAAAAAAGGAUAAUUAGAAUUUAGUAUGUAAUAGUGAUUUGUCAGCCAUUUGUUGCAUCAACAUUAAUUAACCAAAAUCCAAUGUUAUGAGAGCAUCAUAUUCAUUGCAUGCUAAAAAAUAGUUUAAACAUUCUUUUUUUCAUUCUUUUAGUUAACAUGUUAAAUAAUAUGUGUAAUCUGAGUGGCAAAGGGACUAUUUUUUGCCUCUCCCAUGAUGUCCUUGAUGCUGUGUAAAUUCAAAACUAUUCAUUCUCCAUAGCAAUCAACAUGUCUACAGGUGACAAGGUACACUGCCAUUUAUUCAGAGGGAUGCAUUACUUUUUCUUUAAGUCAAGGAUUCCUUACAGAGUAAACUUUUAAGUUCUUUUUCUCCUCAUUAUAAUAGUUAUCAAAGGUACCAGGCUUAUAAUUUAAUACGCCAGACGCGCUUUUCGUCUACAUAAGACUCAUCAGUGACGCUCAGAUCAAAAUAGUUAUAAAGCCAAACAAGUACAAAGUUGAAGAGCAUUGAGGACCCAAAAUUCCAAAAAGUUAUAGUGGCAUGUUUUUGCACAGUUCUGACAAAAUAAAUACUGUGUUGUGACUGAAUACUGAACAUUAUGAAGGUCUUUCAGACAUUACAUAUCAAUUAAUGAAAGGUUAUUAUGGCUCACAAAAUUGAACAAGUCUCAGACAUUGUAAACCCUUGUACUUGUUCUUGAAUAUAGGUAAAAUAUUUUUGUCUGAUGAAUAUGUCUCACUAUAUCAAUAAUGUCCCAAGAAAAUACAAAUUUCCUGUAAUAAAAUUUUCCAAACCAUAUUCUUAACCAGAAACUUAGUAUGGUACCUUACACUGUCAAAAGUGCUGUUGAACUUUGAAUCUAAAUUAUAUUUGGUAAAAUUUUCACACAAAAGUUCAACAAAGCUUUCUAUUUGAGUAUUCAAUUUUGAAGUAGCAGUCCAUUUGUUUAAGGGGUCUUGUAAUUAAUAAUAAAAGAAGAUUUAAACAUUCAAAUUAAUCAAUCACAUCAGAUGAGUUUACCAACUCAAUCAUACCUUAGUGUCAGGUGGGAAUAGGGAUAUUAAAUCUGAUGCCCUGUGUAGGGUGAGUGCCACGCUCUCUGCACGUUAAAGAACCCUUGCAACAACUCUCUGAGGGGUCUUUAGGUGGCCUGUUGCAAGGCAAAAUUUCUGACCCUACCCAAAAUACCUUAAUUUUCCAGUGGCAGUCAAAAUUUCCUCCCUUCAUCCUGGUCAACCUUCCUAGCCAAACCUGCAUAUUAUAUUAAUUGUAAAUUUUUUCUCGUUCUGAAUAUGCAUGAAAUAUUUAUCACAAGACCUUAAGUAAAAAAAAAAUCAGUCAUAAUUUCCAUUUUGGUAAAUUAUGAUGUGUUUCUAUGUUUAUUUACCUACCUAAAACAGAUUUAUUGAAAACAAAAAACAUGCUAAAACAAUUGAAAAUAUGUUACCCCUAUAAAGAUUGGAUGCACGAUAUUAUGUCUAAUAUUCUGCUCCAUUAUGCUGGACGAGAAACACAUUCAAAACCAAAAAGGAUAUGGAAAGAAAAACCUGAGCACUGGCCACUAAAUAAACCAUUUUAUGACCCAAAAAACAAAUCACGAGAUGAACACGGAAAGUCUAUAUCAGAUGAAGACCUCUUGAAAAGUUUGCUUGAUUGCUGCAAGCACAAAAAUGUACAAAUCAACUUCCUAUACCAGAAAGAGGUAGACGCUUGGCAUGAAAAAAGACGUGAACUGCUUUAUAAGUUGUAUAUAUUCCGUAGGAAUACAGAGAAAAUCAAAUUAGCCAUUCAAAACAUACUGUUUUGUAAAGAUUUUGAAGAAAUAAAAGCAGCUUUGAAAAAUAUUAAUGUUAGUCUUACUAUAGAUAAAAUAGAAAUAGACUUUAUCAAGAUCCGGUGCAAAGGACAAUCUGAACUAGUAACUGAAAUAACACGCAACCUUGCCACAAUACUAUGUAAAAUUAUUAAAGGAAAAGAUCCUGAAGCGAAAUAUGAUGGUAUUUGGAAAUCUCCACCGGAAAACUGGCCUUCAGCAGUUCCGUUUUAUAGUCCACACAACAGAGGAAAAUGCAAACAGACCGGCUCAGAUCAGGAGCUUGUUUCAACUCUCAUUCAAAAUCCAAAAGCCAUAAUUCCUCUGAAAUAUCAGUCUCUAGUUACAGCUUUUCAGAAAGUUGUAAAUGCAAAUAAUUCCAGGGAAGCAAAAAAGCAUAAAGAAACAAUGUGUAGAAUUUAUACCAUUCAGAAUAAUAUAUCAAUUAUUGACAAUGCACUGAAGACUAUGCAUGAACAUGGCCUAUUCACACUGAAUAUACACAGCGUUUUAAACCAAUGGUGGACAAAACAAACUCUUGAUAGUCAAAGUGAUUAUUUCUUGAAGAAUUCAGCAGUAAUUUCAGACAAUAGACAAGCUAUUCAAAUACACAUUACAGAGACAUCUUUCAAAAUUGGCUUCCAAGCAAAUAAUCAGGAGGAUACUACAAAGUCACUUGUAUUGUACAACAUUUCUUCUCAAACACAAAAAUCUAGUUCACAAAUAAUCUGCAGCAGUUCAUCAAAAUGUCCUUUGAUCAAUGAUCAGGAAAAAGUUAAUAAUGAUAGUGUAUUUCCAAGCUGUUCAGAAGGCAGAGAUUAUGAACAUUCUCAAGAUCAGGAAACUUUAUCGAAAGAAAAAUCUAAAAACUGUAAAACACCAGAACCCAGAUAUCAUCUUAGUGAAUACAAGGGGAGCAGCAAAGAUGAACCAGUCACUGCUAUUGAUAAUGAUGCUACAUCUCAGACAAUGGGAAAAAAAAGAAAACAUCCUCAAGAUGAAGAGCUGCAGUCUGGUAUAAAAAGACCAACAUUAUCAGCUGACAAAAAUUAUAACACAAAGACUGACGAAAUUAUAGAAACACAGCAAUCAGAGCAACCAUUGGUAGGAAACCUAGUGAAUGAUAACGAUGAAUCACACAACCCUUAUUUAGGAAUAACAGAUUCUGAAUUACAUGAUUUAUUAACUAGUAUAUCAACUUUUUCGCCGGAGGCCAACCUCAACAUAUUGUCUAAUGAAGACAAUUGUUUUAGUGAUCAUCAGCUAGAAUUAAUAUUAACAGACAUGGUUGAAUAUGAAUCAGGCAAGAACUCAAAUACCGAAGAACUUUUAUCAAGAGGUCAUGACAUCAAAUGAUUUGUACAUACAUGUAUUAUAAUAUAUAUUUUUUAUGAUUAUUUUUCUUUAGGUUUUAAAUAGAGAAUUUUACUGAUAACACCUAAAAUAACUAAAUUAUCCUGCAGAUUUUUCAAUCAUUAACUUUUUUGGAAUUUUGGUAAUCAAGUCAUCAAAUUAACUUUAAAUGUCUCCUUGAAAGAUUUAUAUUGCUCUCCUUAAUAAUGGUGCUCUAUAAAAACAUUUUCAUUAUAACCAAUACAACACUAAAAAAAAGAAGGCAUUUAAUGUGUUAAAAAAAACUCAAUAAGAUAUGAAGAAAUCAAACACAAUCAUAAAACAAGCUCUAGGAAAAAAAAAGACGAAAAGACAAAUAAAGGUACACUAAACAUUACUCUGAAAACUGUAGACCCCAUCAAAAAGUGGUACUCAGGUACAUUUUGUCCUUAAGAAGGUUAAGCAACUCCUGCUAGUGGUAAUCAACAUGCUGCUUUUAUACAGUAAACAUUUGUAAAUGAUACCCUUAAUUUUAUUUCCUUAAACAUUCAACGUUUGUUGGUGUGGUUCAUAGGUGUUUUUCAUUUCUCGUUUUUUUAUAUAGAUUAGACCGUUGGUUUUCCUGUUUGAAUUGUUUUACACUAGUUAUUUUUGGGCCAUUUAUAGCUUGCUGUUCACUGUGAGCCAAGUCUCCGUGUUGAAGGCCAUACUUUGUCCUAUAAUUGUUAACUUUUUAUACAUUGUGACUUGGAUGAAGAGUUGUCUCAUACCACAUCUUCUUACUUAAAAUUACAGUAUUCUACAGAAUAAUUUUUUUAGAAUUUGACAUGUCAAAUUUACCCAGAAAGAAUAAGUUAUUUGUUAAACUAUUGCAGGAUACGAAAACAAAUGUUGCCAAAGAAUAAUGCUAUCUGUGCUUAGAGAGAACACAUGACUAGAAAAAUGACAUUUCAACGAAUUUUAAACCUCGCGCAGAUAGCUUAAUUCUAGUGCAAAUAAUUUGUAGUAUGUUUCUUGACAGGGCAGAAACAUGAAGAUAAUAAAUUCUCUAUUCAAAACCAUCACCAGUGCUUAAAUUGUUAUUUCUGUUCCCUCUAGUGUUAUCAAUUAUAGGCCAUUCAAAAAAAUAUUAGUUUCUUUAGGAAAACUCAAAAACUUUCAACAGAAAGUGAUAAUGUUAAGCAAUUUUUUUUUUAAUUUUUAUUUUUUAUUAAUAGUAAAGGUUAGACUCAAACUGAACAAAAUAUAAAAAAAACAUUCUUUAUUUACUGCCUGUCACAUGUACUUAUGUCAUGCAAAUCAUACAUGUUUCAAACAAAAUUUUAUAUGCAUGCAUAUACACAAUGUACUUAGAUAUUGCCCAAUAAUAUUAAAACUUUUAUUCAUCUUUAUUUUAAACAACUGAGAAUUAUUACAAAAGCAAUGAAAUGAAAAUUCAAAUUCAAAAUGCUAAAGAAACAAACAUUUUUUUGAAUGGCCUUAUUAAUACAAACAUACAUGCACUUGGCUACUGGAUCUUCCUUUUGGUUUUCUUUUUCAUCAAAGCUGAUUUUGGCAUGCAAAUAAUUAUACCUGCAUGAGAAUAUAUCUACCUAGAUGACUUGGCCACAAAGUCCAUACAUCACUUUUAAAAAAGUCUUCUUUUACACAUUCUUGAACAGGGGAGGCUGAAUAUUUUUUCAUGAAGCUUUGAUAAUGUAAGAAAACAGAUGGAGGGUCCAGUAGUGAACUGCUUGUGUCUUAAUACUUAGCACAUUGUGCAAGUAUUCAUAUAUUCAUGUAUUUAUGUAUUGUAAUAAAUGAUAUUUUAAUGUU